CCAGUCCUCUCCUCAGUCUAAUCUUCAGUUCUACCCCUGCCCCACCGGUUACUGCCGCUGUCGCCAUGACGACAGCGUUAGCAACGAGACGUGUGUCUACUCAUACUCGCACUCUGACCCCGACUAUCAGUGUGCCUGCAGCAGACGAGGCACCCUCUGUGGAGAGUGCAGAGACGAUGAAAAGGGAGUCAGCUCUCUACUCAACAACUGUGUCACUUGCGACGAUGCAUCAGGACUUCUUAUCCUACUACUCAUUGUUGUGGAUGUGGUGGUCAUGGCGAUACUAGUGCUACUGGACAAACCUCUUCCCAGCUGGCUAUAUCCUUUCAUCUUCUACUUUCAGAUUGCUCCAAUUGUGGCACUGGAUUUCCCAGACAGCUUCACGAAGAUAGCCAAAUACCUGUACUUCUUUGGGAGUGGCACCGGAUUUUACUUCGUGUACGACUUCUGUCUCUAUGGCAACAUGAGCUCCGGGGUCGCGUACUUCCUGCGCUACCUCCCGCUGUUUGUGGGGAUAUUGGUCUGUGCCCCUCUCGUCUUCGGCAGGUCGUACAUGUAUCGGAGAUACCUGAAGAAGAAGCCGACUGCAACACCAUGGACUAUGGCUGGUGGUCUUACUGGGGUUACACCCACCUGGUCCAUACCUCUAUGAAUAUCCUUAACUGCCCCUCCAUUGUCGGCACUAAUGGAGACCGCAGUCCACGAUGGUUUGUAAAUGGAGAGGUAGAGUGUUUCACUGGCGGCCAUGUUGCCCUCUGGUCUCCUAGCAUACUGGUUUUACUGGUUUCUCUUCUUCUCAUUCCCUUCGUCUUCCUGCUAGCCACUGGCAGGGUGAAGAAGUAUGGAAUGGAGUUUCUGAGACCUCCGCUGGUUCUGGUGUACAGAGACCGGUACCAGUGGUGGGCCAGCGUGGAACUGGGACGGCGGUUUCUCCUCCUCCUCCUCACCAUCUCCUUCCCUCAGAACCAGGCAAUAAGAGUGCUGAUAGUGGCAGCCUACACCACAGUCUACAGCUACAUCCAGCCCUACCGCUCCCGCCUGGCCAACCACCUCGAGCUGGCUACCAACCUCAACUUCCUCCUCCUCCUCAUCAUCAGCGCUACUUCCUUCUUCACCGACGAUUUCUUCUAUUUCCCGUCGUUGACUGACGUUACGGAGUCGACCGACGGUGCUGCACAUUGCGGUAGUGUGGGAGGAAUCGCCGUGGUGUCGUGGAUUCUGAUGCCGUUCUACUACCUCCCAGUUCUGGUGGCUCUUAUCACUACUGCUGUACUAGCCUCUCUCUAUGUCAGGUCCCACUACCAGUGGAAGUGGCCAGUAGUCGACGAGGCAGAUGUCAGUAGCACAGGAGAGACUCACGUCUACAACAUGUACACUGUUCCUGACCCAGGCUCAAACAACACAUCCACCAUCGUCGAGCUGCCCGACAACUACACAGAAUCGACCGAGGGCUACCUGAAAGUGACCCCUCGUACUAAGCAAUCAAAGAGAGGCAUUACUUUCAUUUUCAACCGAAACAGUUUAUUUAAAACCAAUGCCCAGUCCAAUAAUUCUCAAUUGUGAUUGUCAACAAAUCUGUUCAUUUUAGUUACUGAUAUGAUUUUUAACACACCAAGUUGAGUGUCCUGAUGGUAUAUAUUAGAACCUCUGAUAAAGAACACUCCCAUUAACUGAUCGACUACCACUCACACUUUUAGAUCCCAGCUUUUAUGGACA